AUGUUUGAUGACACCGUUGUGCACACACCAACUCUCCAUGUUAUUCUAACUAUUAUAUCACUCAUCGCAACGAUUAUUGGCACAGCGAUUUCUUUUAUGAUCUUAACUUGCACUUUGUUACGAAAAGAAACAUUCACCAAUGUUCGACUAAUGUUAUGUACGAAUAAUUAUAUUGCAGUAUUUUUUGUUGGCAUUGUUGAAAUCGUGCAUCUCGUCAUUGUUACUCAAAGUGAUUUUGGCAUUACUGUCAUUAACAUCGAAACCUUAGGAUGUCGAAUUCGAGCUUAUAUAUUGUUUUCAUGUCUGUCUGUUGUGUAUCUGGCAUGUGUAUUGCAGGCGAUGUUUUGUCUUUUUCGUAUUAUUUAUCCAUCUGUUUUAUGGGUCACCGAACCACGUAUUUGUCUAGGGAUUAUUCUAUUGAGUUGGAUCGUCUCAUUUACUUUAGUCAGUCCUCUGCUGAUUUUACAUGGUCAAAGACUAAUUCCAGGCGAAUAUACUUGCCGCGUCCCGAAGGAUGAUUCGUUUAGCAUUGCUUAUUCAACAUUGAUUGUCUAUGGUAUACCAUUUAGUACUCUGGCGUAUAUUUAUUUUCAAAUCCAUCGAUUUCUACGAAUUCAAGCAAUGUCAACACUUAUUGUCAGUGUACGAACACAUCGAGAUCGUCAUCGAUAUGUUACUGUCUUUCGUCGUAUUAUUGUCACUGUUAUGUUAUUAGGUGCUUUUGGAAUGCCAAAUUCAGUGAUGCUUAUCAUAUUAGCUAUAAAAGGCGAACUUAUUUCAUCAUUCUACCGUAUUCUUGAUAUGAGUUUUGCGGCAUUGGUACUGACAUUGAGUAUUGCACUUUUAUAUAUUAAUCCACAUCUGAAGAGAAAAGUCAAAUCGAUUCAGCACCAACAACAUAAGUCCAAUAAUCGAUAA